AUUUCACUCCAAAACAAAGUUUACUCUUUCUAUCUCUUUACUCUUUUAGCUCCUUUCUCUCCAAAAAAACAAAUCUUUGUCCUAUUUCAACAUACUGUCUUCCUUAAAACCCACAAUAAAAUAAAAAAGAAAAACCCCAAAAAACAAAAAUGUCUUCAGAAAUCGGCGACAGACGUCCGGCGAGACUACCGGCGCCGGUGAACGGAACACGACCAUCGGAACCGGAGAACUUGCCAUGUCCACGUUGUGAUUCUACUAACACGAAGUUUUGUUAUUACAACAACUAUAACCUAUCUCAACCUCGUCAUUUUUGCAAGUCUUGCCGUCGUUAUUGGACACGUGGCGGCACCUUAAGGAAUGUCCCCGUUGGUGGAGGUACACGUAAGAACUCCUCCCAUAAACGCCCACGCACCACCACCGGAGCCGCCGUUCAAGAACACACCAACCCGGGUUUGGGUUCCGGGUCGGGUUCGGUUUCGUUAAUGGGUUGUGAAGUGAACUUGAAUGAAUCAGUUCAGGAAGGUGGCGGAAAUGGUACGGCGUCGUUUACUUCGUUGCUGACAGCUGGUCCAGUGGGAGGUGGGUUUGGGCCAUUAGGUGGAUUUGGGCUUGGGCUAAGUGGGUUUGGGCUUGGAAAUCUUGAUUGGCCCAUGGAGCAAGUAGUAGUAGGCGGCGUCGGAGGUAAUGGCGGCGAUGGUGGUGAAAAUGACAAGUGGCAGCUGAGUGGCGGGGAGGUUGAAGGCGGCGGAGGUGGUGGCGAUGAUGAUUGUUUUGGUUGGCCUGAUCUUGCUAUUUCAGCACCAGGGACGAGUCUUAAAUGAAGUACAAAUAAUAUUAAUAGUAAUAUAUUAUUAUUAUAUAAUAUACUUUAAUAUAUAGUUUUUUCAUGAAAGAAACCGAGAAAAGGAGGUGUUUGUUCUCUUUUGCUUUUUUGUUUUUUUCCUCUUUAUUAAUGGUCUAUGUAUUUUUGCAAGUUUUUGGGGUGCAUGGAUUGGAGUUUUACAGAAAGUGCUAGUAGUAUUAUGUGAAAUUAUUGUUCACAAAGGAAUGGAAAAAGCUUGUUAGGCAAAGCUAUUUUUGCUUGGUGGCAGUUGGGCAAGUGUAUUUUGGUUUUCUUGUAGGUUUUUUUUUUUGGUUGUUGCAGUAAAUCAGUAAAUGUACUUGGGGGUCUUCCUUUUUCUUUUUGACAGAAAUAGGUCCCAACUUUGAUA